AUGAAGUUUUUUUAUAAAAUAAAGAAAUAAUUUAUAUAUUAUAAAAAAAGUUUACAACUGAUUUAAAUAUAAUAUAAAUACUAAUUAGAUUUUAUACAGAAGAUUAAUCUUAAGAUUUAUAUAAAUUAUUAGAAAAUUGCAGGUUUUUUAUUAAAUUUUAAUUUAUUGUAAAUUAUAAAAAGAAUAAAUCCAGAUUUAAGAAUUAAUAAUAUAUAAAGAAAUGACUUAGAAUUUUAUAUUCCUUAGAUUUGUAAUUUUUUAGUUUUUCAUGAAGAGCUUAAUAAUCUUUAAUUAAAAUACUUAUUGAUAGAAGCUGGAAAAAUAGAUUAUUUUUUUGCUCACCUUUUAUAUUUUUAUAUUAAGAGUGUAGGAUAAAUAAUUGAUAAAAAUAAUACAGUAUGCUAAGAAAUAAAUAUAGUAAAGUAAAUGAUAAAUGAAAUAAGAUAUACAUUUUCAAAUUAUUUUUAAAAUAAAUUGCUUAUUACAAACUAUAUAAUAUCUUAAAAUUAAAAUUUUUAAGAUAAUUAGAUUUGUAGUGAUAUUGAAAAAUAAUAAAUUAUAUCUUAUUAUGGAACUAUUUAUUAUAAAAGUAACGCCAAUAUUCAAAUACAGCCUUCUGAUAUAAAAUUAAAUAACUAUCUUUAACAAAAAUAUUUUUAAAAGGUAAAAGAAUAAGAUAUUUAAAACAAUUACUAAUAAAAUACUUUUUUAGAAUAAAAUUCUUCUAGUUUUGAUAGUACUAUUAACUUUUUUGAAGAUUUAAUAGAAAUAGCUUAAAGACUUAAAGAUGCAAAUCCUAAAAUAAUCUCUUUAAUACAUGAAUUAUAGAAAAUUAAUGAACAAUUACCAACAUGUGCUUAUAUUCCAUUUUUUAAUAGUAAUAUAAGAAAUUAUACUAUACUUAAUAUAGUUGCUUUGGAAAGCAAAGUUUUUUCAACAAAAGAAAGAGCUCCGUUUUAUAUUUGUUUAGAAAUUUUUAGACCAGAAGAAAAGCAGUAUUAAGAUAAAGAAAGUCUUUAUUUACUUUAAACAUUUAAAAAUGGAAACCAUACUACAGUUUGGAAUAAUGAUAUAUAAAUUUCUUAAUUAUUAACUGUUAAUACAGGAGAUAAUUUAAAAUAAGAAUAAUUUGCUUUGUAAUUAAUAUACUAGUUUGAUUAAAUUUUUAAAAUGGAAGGACUUGAUUAUAAAUUAACUCCCUAUGAAAUAUUAUCAUUAGAUCCGAAUUCAGGAAUUAUAGAAAUGUGUAAAAACGCAAUAACAUUAGAUUCUUUAAAGAAAAAUAUAUAUGAAAGCUAUAGUAAUAUUUAAGAUUUGAAUUAGUUCUUUAUUGCAUACUAUGGUAAACAUAUAAAAGAAGCUAGAAAAAAUUUCUGUUAUUCAUUAGUAGGAUAUAGUUUAAUUUGUUACUUUUUGUAAAUAAAAGAUAGACAUAAUGGAAAUAUACUUUUACAUAAAAAAGGGAAUAUUAUACAUAUUGAUUUUGGAUUUUUCUUAUCAAAUGCUCCUGGUAAAGGAUUUGAAUAAAUUAUUCCCUUUAAAUUUCUUUCUGAAUAUAUAUUAAUUUUAGAAGGUAUUGAUAGUGAACUUUUUUAAUAGUUUAGAAAGUUAUUCUUCAAAGGAUUUUAAGCAGCAAUGAAGCAUCAAGAUAAAAUACUUGUUCUUGUUAAAAUGAUGUAUAGUGGACAUGGAUUAUCUUUACCUUGCUUUAAAAUAGGUUAAAAAUGUAUUUAAGAAUUAGAAUAAAGAUUUAACCCUAAAGAUGUUGAGAAUACAGGUGAAUUAGGAAUACAUUGUAAUAGUCUAAUAAAUAAAUCUUUAGAUAAUUGGAGAGCAAAAUGGUUUGAUAAAUACUAAUAUUUUUGUUAAGGAAUAUUUUAUUGA